AGUUCUGUGUGGUUUUGCGUGUUGAACUGUUCACAAAGUAUUUCUCUACCUGUUACGCAUCUUGCAGCAGCUCAGUCUAGACUGAUGGAACAGCAACAGGUGGACAAUAGACUGUGGUGGAAGUCUGACUGAAGAAAUGAUUAGCCUUUCUUUUCUUUUUCUCACUUUGCAACCGGGAGAAUUUAAUCAGCGUCACUUUGAUUAUUCUGUGAAAACCUGCAGGAAUAGUCUGCAUUAAGCUUCCUUGCAUACACUAUGAUACACAGAGCAAACUUUGUAUUUAAAUAUCAGAACACAAAAUAUCAAGAGCAGAUGGGAAACCCAAAUGCUUUUUUCUCUUCAGUCAUGGAACAAGUGUUUCUCCCAGUGCUGUGGUUUUGUAUGACUUUAUAUUGUCCUGCUUUAUCAAACAGGCACACAUGCUGCCCCCUCUUUCUUACAGCUUGCUUUCUCUCCUUUUUUCUCUUUCUCCCUUGCAUGUUUGUCUGUCAUAUUUUGUCCCUCGCUUGUUUCUCCUUGUGUCUCCUUCUCUGUUCUCCUCUACUGGUCUCUCCAUGGUUACAUGUAGACAUCUCUAUUAGUCUCCUUGCUGUGGUCGUGGGUUUCUGUGGCCUCGCCCUGUUGGUAGUCUCUCUCUUUGUUUUUUGGAAGCUGUGCUGGCCCAUUUGGAGGAGCAAGGCUCUGUCAGCCCACGCUGAAAAUGGUCUCCAUGUGGGUUUCCCUGAGGCACCUCCACUCAACUCCCCGCCGAUCACUGAGAGUAAAGCGGCGGAGGUGGAGAAGAAGUACCCGCCAGAGGUGAAGCUGAAUGGACGGAGCUCCGUCAAGCUCCUGGAGGCGGCCAUGAAGAUCAGCCAGACGUCUCCGGACAUCCCUGCAGAGGUGCAGACAGCCCUGAGGGAGAAGCUCAGCCAACAAGCUAAAAUCCAGAGGCAGACCACAGAGCCAACCUCCUCUUCAAGGCACAAUUCAUUCCGGCGCCACCUGCCUCGUCAGAUGAAUGUCACCAGUGUUGACUUCAGCAUGGACACAGUGCCUCUUCGCCAGUCUUCUACAGUGAGCAUCGGAAGAAUAAAACCUGAACUCUACAAGCAGAAGUCUGUGGAUUCAGAGGGGGAGGACAAAGAGCCUGUGGAGACUUGCGGAAAGCUUAGCUUCUCACUGCGGUACGACUACGAGGAGCAAGCUUUGGUGGUCAGAAUCCUCAAGGCCUUAGACCUGCCCGCCAAGGACUUCACGGGCACUUCUGACCCUUAUGUGAAGAUCUACUUGCUGCCAGAGAGGAAGAAGAAGUUCCAGACGCGUGUCCACCGCAAGAACCUGAAUCCCAUGUUUGAUGAGACCUUUUGUUUCCCCGUGGCGUACGAUGAGCUUUGCAACCGCAAACUACACUUCAGUGUCUACGACUUUGACCGCUUCACCAGCCAUGAUAUGAUUGGCGAGGUGGUGGUGGACAACCUCUUUGAACUCUCUGAUCUUUCUAGGGAGGCGGUGGUGUGGAAGGAUAUUCACGCAGCAACUACAGAGAGCAUUGACCUGGGAGAGAUCAUGUACUCGCUGUGCUACCUCCCCACAGCGGGGAGAAUGACCCUAACAGUCAUCAAAUGCAGAAACCUCAAAGCCAUGGACAUCACAGGCUCCUCAGAUCCAUAUGUGAAGGUUUACCUGAUAUGUGACGGACGGAGGUUAAAGAAGCGAAAAACAACAACCAAGAAAAGCACACUUAAUCCAGUGUACAACGAGGCCAUCAUCUUCGACAUUCCCCCCGAGAACGUUGAACAAGUCAGUUUAUCCAUCAUGGUGAUGGACUAUGAUCGGGUUGGACACAAUGAGGUGAUUGGUGUAUGUCGAGCCGGGCCAGAUGCUGAGGGCCUUGGACGAGAUCACUGGAACGAAAUGUUGGCUUAUCCACGGAAGCCCAUCACACACUGGCAUGCUCUGGGAGAGUGGCCUGGAAGAGCAGCAAGCUUUGAGAGUCAAGGUUCAUGUCCUUCACCCAAACCUCCACAGACACCCUGACGAUCACAGGUAGAGUGACAACAUCACCUCUGUAAGAAAACAGACGUUUGUUUAGAGUUGCUGAGAAGCUGUGUUGCCUAUGAGUAUCUUGUGCGCAUGUUGUAUGAAAACUGAAUUAAUUCCAGAAUGUUUCUUACAUGUUUCUAAAAAACAAGGUUGUAUUGAGAUGGUUUUUAUUCAUUCAUUAACACUCCAGUUGUUCAAGUGCUCUAUAGAGCUGGCUAUGCACAGCACUAACAGUCAUUCAGUUCAAGAGUUUGUUUUUCAUACAUCUGCUUUGAAACUCUCCGAAAGCGUUCACUUGCCAAACAUUUACACAGACCACAUGAAUGGUAGGCCUCUCUGCAAGAAGUCCUCAGUGAUUCACUUGCAGCUGUAUGAACGUUUUCAAUAUUCUGAGCAACAUUUUCUGGCCCUAGAGCUCUUUUGUGAAUUAGAAUUUUACUUUGAAAUGGCACAAAGACAAAGGGCUAUGCUGCUCAGUGCUGUGAAAACAUUUACCUGAUGGAAAAACUGUCAAUGAAUCCAGUGAGUCAAGAUCCAGGUUUUUGGCAGAAGAACACAUGUAAUUGAGCAUCUACAAGGGCUGGGUAAAUUUCUCUGAAAAUUCAUAAGUCACAACUGUCAAAAAUAUUAUAUUAACCUGCCAUUGUUACCUGCAGAUAUUAGAAUAGUCGACAGAACUCUCAGAUUCAGAGAAGCUGUAGCAGAUACAUGUAGCAAACAUACUGUAUGUACAGAGAGAAAAACAACACUAAAAUCGUGUCUAAUAUCUAUACAAUCAAUUUGUUCCCAAAAAUCUUGCAAGACUUUAAAAAUAACAAUUUCAUAUUUAUUUUUAUACACUCAAUUUCAGAGCAUAAUUUCAAACUGAACUAACAGCAUACAGAAAUUAAAUACUCAUCCUCUUAUCAUUCUUACGAAAUAUAAGUUAACUGUCGUUUCCAAUGCAAAUGCUCCUUGUGUUGCAACUAAAACGUGAGGUAGCGCUGAAUGAGUUGAUGCUUUAGCUCCUCAUUUUACUUACUAAAUAGCUGUAAGAAGAUAAAAGGGUGUCUUACAUUAGAUAUCGAUAUGUCGAUCAUUACAUCAAAUAAUACAAUAAAUAAAGAGAGCGCAUGUGUCAGUGAUUCAGAAAACAGCAUCCAAAUGGUAACCAGCGCCUUCAGUCAAAAGUUACUGUUUGCUAAAAUCCUUUCCCAAACAAUGGUUGUCCAAUCAUGGCUUAGCAACAGUAACUAGGCACAGCAGGCCUGUCAAGUUUGGGUUCUUCUUUUUUACCCUCUCCAAAAUGAAAAAUACACGACCAAAAGUGUAAAGAAUGGAUUAAACUGCUUGUUCGUCUGUUCUAACGUAAACUGAAAAUGUUAGCAUGUCUGGCUAGCUAGCUUGCUAUCCGCAGUACUAACCAAACCAAGCCUUAUACUUCUGAGGCCAAGAGGACUUCAUGCAACAUCAAAUUCAUGAAGACCCUGUGGGUGCUGGCCCUGAAUGCUACAACAGUAUAUCCCAGUGUUGUCAUUACCCCAGGUAGCAUUACAUUCACCAAACACACUGGUUAGUCCUCUUUAUAAAAUCAUGUCCUUGUGCAAUGUUAAAAGUGAAACAUACAGUUUGAAAAUACAAACAAUAAAGCAGAAAAUUAAGCAGGUAAAUGGGAUAAUGCUAAAUUUAAAAAGUUGUGUUAUAUAUUUUUCUACAUGGAUUAUAAACAUAUAAGGAUGAUAACCUUUUACCUGAGACAUCAGUCUUUAGCAUGAUGUCAUGCAGCAGUCAAGUGCAUAUUUAAGACCCCCUUCCAAUGUUGUAAUUUUAAAGCAACACAAUGAAACUUUGCUGAUUAACAGCAGCCUCUGCAGCCAUGAGUGGUUAUUAUCUCUGUUAAACUGACAGAUAACGAAGCUUUGCAAUUGCUUGACCUGAGCUUUGACUGUAUAGCCCUACUCACUGAACUGAAACAUGGCCAAACGGAGUGAAAUUUCCCAUUAUGUCCAACUUCCAGGGCCGGAAGUGCCAUCACUGUAACAAACACAUCAAACUCCAUUUAGAAUUCUUGAUAUUGUCAAAGUUUCUGCACUGGAUAUCAGCAUUAUUCUUGAACUUGCUGAGCCUGAUUCCUGAGUCAGUGUACCAUCAAAAUUAUUUUGAAGCUGUUGUUUUAUGGUAAUGGUGUAGUUACAUAAUGUUGCUUUAAAAUGAGUCAGUUGAAUGAAAACGUCAGCUGUACACAGCAUUUUCAACCAAGUUAUGAAGAUAGGGUUAGCUUAAUUAGCUAGUGGGCUACAGCUGAUGAAAUCUAGCAACAGCUGUCAGUUCAGACAAAUCAAAGCUUCACAGGCUAGAAAUGAAAAGUCUGCUUUUGGCAGUUUGAAAUCAGGGACCUGAACGGUUAAUUGGUCAAACAACAACAAAACAUAGGGUAACACAGAUAGUAAUAAAUCAAAAAACUUGGCAGAAAAAAGCCUAACUUUAUUGUACAACUUUUCCACACCUGUUAAAAAUUCAGGGAAUUAUCAUCUAUGAAAGCUGCUACACACACAAACAUUUCCAAAUUUAUUACAUUAAGCCAUAUGAAAUUAAGUUUGGUGCAUCUAACAGAACACUGACUCAGCUUCUCCUUCUUUGUGAGUAAUAAGAAACCAACAUAGCAAAUAGAAAAAGGCUAUGUACUGUUAUCUUACUUGCACAUGCAUAUAAUGAUGCUUUUUCCCCUGUACUGCCAUUAAUAUUAAAUAUUUUUACUUGUAGCAUGCCUGUCACCAUUUUAGAAACACACUUACUGAGGGAAAAUGUAAGUAAUGGAUAUGUUAGAGUAUUUCAAAUUUCAAACUUUGUGUUUACACUUGUAUAUAUAUAUACUUGUCAAUGGCACUGUUUAUAUAUAUUGAAAAGUGAAAUUUAAGAAGUUGUCGUAAAUUUAUGAAACUAGAGUCAUCACAAUGUAUUACUAUUGUUUGGUGAUAAUUUGAACAGCUCAGACUUGUAAUCGAGUGAAAUUUAUACACGUUCUGUAAUAGUUGUGAACAAUUAGUCAAACUGGAAACCCAGUGAAGCCAACUCUACCUUAUCAAGUUAUUCCAUGUUUAGGAGUUUAGAGCUUUGAGCUAUAAUUGUUUGCAUAUUGGUUGAAUCUAUAUUGAGCAAGAACAACUGCAACUACCGUCAUCAUGUGUACAGUUUGUGAUAACUUUUGUAACAAUUUAAAGUAAACAUUUGGGAUAUAAUUUAUUGUAUCUGUUUCAUAUGUAUUUUAACAAAAUAAAUAAAAAUGAAGAGUCAGAGCA